UCGUGAUGGACCCGUUUGACAGCUCCGAAUCUUGUCUUGUUGAGUCGAAGAAUGCGGCAGAGAAUACAGAAUCGCGUUUGCCAUGGGCCCGGUUCUCGUCGUGGCUGGAGUGUGUCUGCGUCGUUACCUUCGACCUCGAGCUCGGCCAAGCUAUAGAGGUAUUGUGGGUUGCAGUGUACUGUAGCAUCCCUAGCAGGUGUUGUUGACAUCACAUCUGACAUCCGUUCUAGCUAGCUAGCGUGCUAAUGUUGUUCAUGUGUACAAAGUCUUGUUUGCUUGCUGAAAUAAAUCACCAUGAUCCACAUCACCAGAUCAACCUCUCAUGUGUUUCAUAAUCUGGCCAGCCGGCGCAUGUGUGGAAUAGUGACAUCUUGAUAUCAUACAUACUGGCACUUUUUCUCCUCUAUUCCAGUUUGUGUACCCCCACGAUGUGAAACUCACUGAGAAGGAGGUACGAAAUGAAUUUAUGCUCAUACUUUUUGUGAUGCCCCCCCAUACAUAACAAGCUAGUUGCCUGUCAAUUAUUCAAUAAUUUUGUAUGUCCCUGAUUGUGCUUCCUCUCUUUUAAACUCCAGAAAACCAGCAUUUGCUACCUGUCCUUCCCUGACUCUUACUCAGGUUAGUGAAUCAGAUUACACAAUCUGUCAUCACAUUAUCACAAAAUACAUUACAGUCAGUCAGAGGCCCAACCCCAAAUCGACCCAGGACCCUAGGCCCUAUGCACUUGUGGAGAUCUGGCAUGAAUUGAUGGCUUUUAGCAAUAUGGUGAAACUUCCACCUAACUGGCGGCCCAUGGUGGUGAUUUUAUUUGGCCCCCCAAGUUUUCUGAGCAAAAACAAAAAUAGUUAAAAAUAUAUAUAUAUUUUUUUAUUGCUGGACACAAAAGACUGUAAAAACACCAGCAAAUCAGCACCAAGUGAUUUUAAUUUUGGAAAUCUGUUCUAAAGUAUUCCCACGCAUAGUAGAUAGAUACAUGUGAUUGUAUACAAAUGUAAGCAAAGUUUGAAAUGAUUAUGUUUUAGUCAAAUAUGAUAUCUGUUUGGGCUUUGUGUGGUCAAUUUGCAGUCUACAAAUUAUUUGUAAUUAUGUUCCGGCCCUCAGACCAUCUGCUCAAGAAAAGAUCGGCCCGCGGCUGAAUCUAGUUGAUGAUCCCUGCUGUAUUGCUUACACCUGUCAAAUCCACUCAGAUCUCCACAAGUGCGUAGGGUCUAGGGGUUGAUUUGCGAUUGGGCCAAAAAUCUAUAUCAGUCACAUGACCUGUGUGAUGUGUUUCCCAGGAUGCCUUGGGGACACCCAGUUCAGCUUCAGACUGCGUCAGUCUGUGGGCCGCAGGGGCUCCUGGAUCGGAGAGGAGGACGCCUACAGCAGAGACGCACCUGUCACACUACAGGUGAGCCCUCUGUCUGGCCCAAUCCCAAAUCACACUUGUGGAGAUCUGAUUGGAUUUGACAGGUGUAAGCAAUAGGGUAAUAGCUCCACAUUGCCCUCUGAUAGGCUAGAUGAAAGUUUCACCAUAUUGCUUAUAUCAACCAAAUCCUCUCACAUCUCCACAAGUGCAUAGGGUGUAGGGCUUACUCUUAGGGGUCGAUUUGGGAUUGGGAGUCUGUCAUCGGUCCUUUACUGUGGUCUGACUGAACAACUGGUCUAGGCCAGGGACAGUUUGGUUGCUACCUUUUAGGGUUAUGGUUGUUUUUUUUAAUAGGGACAGCUAAUCUGAAAUCAGUGACUGGAGUGGAAUAUCAUGUCAGCCACCACUAAUCUUCUGUCAUUGCAAUAACUUGAUUAUUCUCAACUCUCACCCUUUCCCUUUCUCCCUCAGCGAGAGCUGGCCCAUUUCUAUGGCUAUGUCUACUUCAGACAAGUCAAGGACGCUGCCGUCAAAAGAGGCUACUUUCAGAAGGUGAGAAGCUUAUGUUACAGAUCUGAUUCGUCAUCAGAACCACAAUGUAUUCACAUUUGGUUUUCUCUUUCAUUCUCUCUCCUGCCUUUCUCUUUCACUCCCUAUCUCUCUCUAGUCUCUUGUCCUGGUGUCCAGACUACCGUAUGUCCACCUCUUUCAGUCCCUGCUGCAGAUCAUAGCUCCAGAGUAUUUUGAGAAGUUGGAGCCUUGCCUUGAAGCAGGUGGGGAGAUAACUUCUUGUCUUUUUUUUCAGAGUGUUAUCUUAUUUCUAAUUUGUCUCCCAUUAUAGUUACCUGGGGCUCUAUGGUACAGUCUGGACUCUACUUCCCUAACCUUUUCUUCUCACUCUCCCACCGUGCAGUGUGCAACGAGAUUGACCAAUGGCAAUCUCCGGUGCCAGGGCUGACACUCAACCUGCCUGUAAUGGCCGUGGUCAUGCAGGUCAGGAUCCCAUCCAAAAACGACAAACCAGAGGGAAGUCCGGUGAAACAGGAACAAAAUGAGGUUGGUAUUGCUUUUUAUGUAAUGGGCCACAUGCCCAUGGAAAUACGACUUCUCCAUGAUGUUAGUAAAGUUGAUGUUAGUUGAUAGGUAUCGCUAGAGGAUUAUUAAUCUAAAAAAAGUAUGUUCCUGUUAUAACCAGAAUCUUCUACCAGCCCCUAUGAUGCUACCGACCAUACAUGAGCUUGACCUCUUCAAGUAAGUGAAAAUCUAAACUUCAUAGACUGUGAGUAGUUAUGUAUCUGUUUAUGUAUUUGUGUAAAUUACAUGGCUUGAAUUUAGCUGUAUUUUCAGUUUAAUUUGAGGAUACAUUGUAUUAGUGAAAGCAGCAUCCAUCAGAUAUGAACUGACCUUUGCCCUCUGACCUGUUCAGGUGUUUCCAGUCCUUCCUGAUCCACCUGCAGAUGCUCUGGGAGCUCAUGCUACUCGGAGAGCCCGUGGUCGUCAUGGCACCCUCUCCCACUGUCUCCUCGGAAACCGUGCUGGCCCUAGUGAGGUAAACAGAAAAUGCAUGAAAAGAUGCCAAAUGAUGUAUGACAUUUAGCUUCACGUGUAUGUAACGCAACUCAAUGUAACUCAGUGAGUUUGUCAAAUUAAAAUUAUUAUUUUCCCCUUCCUAUAGCUCGAUUGCUCCACUGCGGUGUUGCUGUGACUACAGGCCCUACUUCACCAUACACGACACUGAGUUUAAGGAGUAUACCACUAGGACACAGGCACCGUGAGUAGGGCUUACUCUAAAUAUUGUGUUUAUACCAGAGGGGCAACUCAACUCACUCUGCUCCCUUUCUCUCUCCUCUCCAGUCCCAAUGUGAUUCUGGGGGUCACCAAUCCCUUCUUCAUAAAGAUCUUCCAGUCCUGGCCCCACAUUAUACGCCUCGGAGAACUCAAGAUGUCAGGUGAUCUGCCUAAGCAGGUGAAGGUGAAGAAACUAGCCAAGCUGAAAACACUGGACACUAAACCAGGUAAAACAUCUGGAGUUAUGGAGCCAACAUAGUUUGAGAGCGUGAGUUAUUAGUGUGUCAAAAUGUUAUCCCUACCUGUAGGUAUCUACACAGCACAUAAAACAUUCCUUCAAAAAGACAAGUCCCUCAUCAAAAGACUCCUAAAAGGGAUCCAGAGGAAGAGGCCAUCUGAGGUGCAGAGCGCCAUCUUGAGGAGACAUCUAUUAGAACUCACCCAGAGCUUCAUCAUCCCACUGGUGAGGGCACUGCCUUCCCUGACACGUACACUACCAGUUAAAAGUUUGGACACACUUACUCAUUCAAAGGUUUUUCUUUAUUUUUUUACAAUUUUUUACAUUGUAGAAUAAUAGUGAAGACAUCAAACCUAUGAAAGAACACAUAUGGAAUCAUGUAGUAACCAAAAAAGUAUUAAACAAAUUGUAUAUUUGAGAUUCUUCAAAUAGCCACCCUUUGCCUUAAUGACAGCUUUGCACACUCUUGGCAUUCUCUCAACCAGCUUCAUGAGAUAGUCACAUGGAAUGCAUUUCAAUUAACAGGUGUGCCUUCUUAAAAGCUAAUUUGUGGAAUUUAUUUCUUUCUUCAUGCGUUUGAGCCAAUCAGUUAAAUGGCAAGAACAGCUCAAAUAAGCACUUUAAGAGAUGAAGGUCAGUCAAGAACUUUGAAAGUUUCUUCAAGUGCAGUCGCAAAAACCAUCAAGCGCUAUGAUGAAACUGGCUCUCAUGAGGACCGCCACAGGAAUGGAAGACCCAGAGUUACCUAUCCUGCAGAGGAUAAGUUCAUUAGAGUUACCAGCCUCAGAAAUUGCAGCCCAAAUAAAUGCUUCACAGAGUUCAAGUAACAGACACAUCUCAACAUCAACUGUUCAGAGGAGACUGUGUGAAUCAGGCCUUCAUGGUCGAAUUGCUGCAAAGAAACCACUACUAAAGGACACCAAUAAUAAGAAGAGACUUGCUUGGGCCAAGAAACACGAGCAAUGGAUAUUAGGGCUAUUUGACCAAGAAGGAGAGUGAUGGAGUGCUGCAUCAGAUGACCUGGCCUCCACAAUCCCCCGACCUCCACCCAAUUGAUGGUUUGGGAUGAGUCGGACCGCAGAGUGAAGGAAAAGCAGCCAACAAGUGCUCAGCAUAUGUGGGAACUCCUUCAAGACUGUUGGCAAAUAAUUCCAGGUGAAGCUGGUUGAGAGAAUGCCAAGAGUGUGCAAAGCUGUCAUCAAGGCAAAGGGUGGCUAUUAGAAGAAUCUCAAAUAUAAAAUAUAUAUGGAUUUGUUUAACACUUUUUUGCUUACUACAUGAUUCCACAUGUGUUAUUUCAUAGUUUUGAUGUCUUCGCUAUUAUUCUACAAUGUAGAAAAUAGUAAAAAUAAAGAAAAACCCUGGAAUGAGUAGGUGUGUCCAAACUUUUGAGUGGUACUGUACAAACCACCCAUAUAUAGACUAUUUGUCUGUCUGUCUGUCCUGCUGCAUGCUGUGUGUCUCACCUGUCUUUCGGUCUGUCUCCCCCAGGAACGCUACCUGGCCAGCCUGAUGCCUCUGCAGAGGUCUGUGACUCCUUGGAAGGUGGGUAAUAUUGAUAACAAACCUGUUUCUAUAGUAUGUUGAUACUAUGUUUGAAUAUGGUAAUAACAUGUGUCUGUGUUUCAGACCCCUCCUCAGAUCCGUCCCUUUAGUCAGGAGGAGUUCAUGGGGACUUUGGAGCACGCUGGACCUCAGCUCACCUCUGUGCUCAAAGGGGAUUGGGUGGGCCUGUACAGGUGAGUCUGUCCACCUUCCACCUCACCUGUCAUUUCUAACUAUUGUAUCUUGUUGUGGCACGUUUUUCUAAACAAAUCAUUCAUAAUGCAUUGCACUUCGAUGUAUGGCCUUGUAGGAAAUUCUUCAGGUCCCCCAAUUUCGAUGGCUGGUAUCGCCUGCGACACAGAGAGAUGACCCAGAAACUAGAAUGUCUCCACCUAGAGGUCGUCUGUGAUGCUGUGAGUUGAUCCCCACAGCCUUGUUCACUCACACCUAAAGACAUUAGUUUAACUCUACUUACAGAGCAUCAUGUGACCAAUAAACUCAACCACACGACUCCACUGACUUUACUUCAGUUAGGAGUCCUUUCCCUACCCAUAGGAGUUGAUUUAGUUUAAUGUUUUGUUAAUGAUCUGCUCACCCAGGACCUGCUGGGUUGGACCAAAGACAAGUCAGAGGUGGAGAUCGUGGACCUGGUUCUGAAACUGAGAGAGAAACUGGUCAGUAAAACCCAUCAAUAUGUCCAUUACGCUCACCUCAACGGGUGCCGUUUGUAACAUGCUAUAUUUAGUGUAAGAAAUGAAUUCUGUGCCACAAACCGUUGCAUACUAUAGUCUCUGUCUGUCUCCCCCACUCCAGAUGAAGGCUGGCAAGCAGCAGCUCCCAGUGAAGGAAGGGGUGCUGGUGAAAUUAGAGGGAUACCUCCAGACCGUCAUCAGCUCUCUACCAGAGGACCUGCAGACUGUACUACACAGAUAUUGACGCUAACACUGGUACACUGAAUAGAUACAGAAACUGACACUGAAAUGUUUAGUUUUUAGUCUUUUAAAAACAACCUGAAACUAAAAGUAUUGCCAUCACCCAAACCACUACCCCCUCUGAGUAAGAUAAUGAAGGUUUAGAAUGUAGCAAACUAGAAGUUUAGGUAAAAUAAGAAACAUAGCUAUGUUUCAUCGUGACAAUAACAUUAGGUUAAGGGGAAUAGAGUAGUUGAAAUGUAGGCUUUAUGAGAUUAUGCCUUCACAAAGUAUCCUGAUUGUUACUAGAGGGAUUGAAGCAUAUACCUGUGGAGAGGGACAUGUUUGAGUAUAGCCUUUUGCUCGAUUCCAGCUAUUCAGAUGUAACAUGCAUAGUUGUUAGGGUAAAAUAUAACUAGCAUAUGCACCUUUUUAUUUUGAUGAGUUUAAAACACUUGUCAUUAAACCCAUAAAAGGGGUGAAUUACAUUUAAGUGACUAACUGCAUUUUGAGGCUUUCAUCAAUCUCAGUAUUUUAUAUUGAUCAAGCACAAACAAAUCACACUACAUUGAAACACCUCUAAAUAUCCAGGUUACAAAAUCUUGAAUUCCAGAUUUCA